AGUCCAUGUUUUCGUUCGGUUACCUAUCAGCUAUUCUACUAUUCUAUACAUAACUCUCUGUUUAUCAGAGUAAUGUGCCAUUAGAUUUGCACUCGUUACAACCUGCACAAAAUUAACAACUCUAAAUUUAUCUGGUGAACGAAUCUUUCUUCAGACCUUGCAAUGUCGAUCAUUACUUGCAAAGCAGCAGUUGCGUGGUCCGCCAAAUCCCCCUUAAUCAUUGAAACAGUCGAGGUGCUCCCCCCUCAAGCAGGCGAAGUCCGGAUCAAGAUACUCUACACCGGAGUAUGUCAUACUGAUGCGUACACCCUCGGAGGAUUCGACCCGGAAGGUCUCUUUCCAGUCAUUCUGGGCCACGAGGGUGCCGGUGUCAUUGAAAGCGUGGGCGAAGGGGUCACUGACCUAAAAGUGGGCGACACUGUCAUACCGUUGUACACUCCUCAAUGCAGGACUUGUAAAUUCUGUCUGAACAAGAAAACUAAUCUAUGUGGGAAAAUAAGAGCGACUCAGGGAAAAGGUGUCAUGCCAGAUGGAAUCUCUCGAUUUAGAUGCAAAGGUGAACCCAUCUGUCAUUUCAUGGGUUGCAGUACUUUCUCACAGUAUACUGUAUGUGCUGGGAUAUCAGUCGCCAAAGUGAACCCGGAAGCUGCGCCGGAUAUCUCGUGUCUUCUCGGAUGCGGGGUCACGACUGGCUAUGGUGCCGCAAUCAACACUGCCAGUGUUGAAGCAGGGUCGAAGUGUGCGAUUUUCGGCUUAGGCGCUGUCGGCUUAGCAGUCGUUCUUGGUUGCAGAGAGCAAGGCGCGAGUGAGAUCUACGGCAUUGAUAUCAACAAUGAAAAGAAAGACGUCGCAGAGAAGUUUGGCAUUACGAAGUUCAUUAAUCCGAAAGAUUUCGACAAGCCGAUUCAGCAAGUACUUGUUGACAUGACGGACGGUGGGUUUGACUACACGUUCGAUGCUACUGGAAAUGUCGGCGUAAUGAGAUCGGCCUUGGAAUGUGCUCAUAAAGGUUGGGGCGUGAGUACCAUCAUCGGAGUGGCGGCUGCGGGCCAGGAAAUUUCGACCCGCCCUUUCCAGUUAGUCACUGGAAGGGUGUGGAAAGGAACUGCGUUUGGAGGCUAUAAAAGCAGAGACAGUGUUCCUAAACUAGUGGAUGAGUAUCUGAAGGGUUCUAAUUGUCUGAAGAUGCUGCCUGAGUUUGUGACCCAUCGACGCAAGUUGGAGAGUAUUGGGGAGGCGUUUGAUCUGAUGCAUGAAGGAAAGAGUCUGAGAACUGUGAUUGAUAUGUGGUAAAAUUUAAUUGAAGUUAAAUUG